CGUGCCUGCUACCUGCCAAUAAACCCCCAGAAGGAUGAGACUCUGGAGACUGAGAAGGCUCAGUACUACCUGCCGGACGGAAGCACUAUUGAGAUCGGUCCUGCCCGUUUUCGAGCCCCGGAGCUCCUGUUCCGGCCAGACCUGAUAGGGGAGGAAUGUGAAGGACUCCACGAGGUGCUCGUUUUUGCCAUUCAAAAAUCAGACAUGGACCUGAGGCGAACACUGUUCUCCAACAUCGUGCUGUCUGGAGGGUCCACGCUUUUCAAAGGCUUUGGUGACAGGCUGUUGAGUGAAGUGAAGAAACUAGCUCCGAAGGAUGUCAAAAUAAGGAUAUCAGCUCCUCAGGAGAGAUUGUAUUCCACGUGGAUUGGUGGUUCUAUCCUAGCGUCACUGGACACCUUUAAGAAAAUGUGGAUUUCCAAAAAGGAAUAUGAAGAAGACGGAGCCCGUGCCAUCUACCGAAAAACCUUCUAGCCCUGGGACCUGUCCUCGGUCUCCUCCGAAGACUCACUUCAGUUAUAAACUCGCUUUUCUGAGUCCGAGUGUCUGAGAGCUGCCUGUGUGUGUGUGUGUGCGCCAGCAUGCCCCGAUGUCACUGAGCAAAGACGACAGCAGCAGGAGGGUUCUAUUAGUACUACUAACUUCUUAUUUUUUAUUUUAUUUUUGUUGUUUUGGUUUGUUUUUGUUUUUUUUUUAAUGGAAAGGAGAAAAUACCAAUCUGAAUUUCUCCAGAAUGGCCCAUUCCUUUUUUCAUUUCAGUCCCUUAAUUUCUUUAUCGCAAUCACAUUAGUCACUGUAAAACAAGCAAGCAAAAACAAAGGGAACAGCUUCUGGGAACUGCCUGGCAAGCCAGAAGGGAGCCAACCACCGCAGACUGCGCACGCAGGCUUUAGGCAGCCCGACUGCAAUGCCUGGAAACACAUAGCUGAGGCCCCAUCGCUACUUUCUUCUUCAGCAGUGUCUUCACCAUCAGUAGGUUUUUGAAGUUGUUUUUAAUAUAUAUUUUUUUAUUAAGAGAAAUACAUUCUCAACAGUUAAUAAGCCCAUCUGCCCCCACUGUUUUUGGUGCGUGAGUGCGUGUAUGCGUGUGUAACUUCUCAGCCUGAUGUGUGGGUCUGCACCGCAGCUGGAGAAGUUGGUGAUAGGUCUUAGUUUGUAUUGCAUGGAGUAGAACAAAGCAAAUCUAAUCAGCUGUCAUUGUACUAGACGGUUAUUCUCUCAUACCUUGUUUUAAAUACCUUUUCUCCUGUGGAAGCAAGUGCCCCAGAGUGGGGGUGAAGGCACUUGUCUGUUCCCCCUCAACCUGCCGAGGUUUACAGUGCUGAGUUCUCAUGUUCUUUCUCUGUAAGAGUCGAGGCUGUUUCCCUCCUUCCUGCCACGUCAGGGCAAAGGGAGCAUGUAUCUGCAGCCAGGCAUAACUCUCGUGUACUUUAUCCAUUCUGGGGCAAGAUUAAUAGUUGGAAAGGUGCAUUGUAAUGUAAGAAUUGUUUUAUUUCUUGAAAUGUCUGAGGAUAUCUCAAAUACUGACCACAGCACCUGGGAAUUA